AAUUGUGAUUGAUUGUAAAUUGUUUGAAAAUAAUGCUGGUUUUAAGCUGCCUUGUUAAUUAAGUGCAUAAAAUAUCUAAGAAAUUAAUACUGUAUAACAUUCCGCAAUGACUACUUCGUACAAUAACGAGAAGGUAGUGACGGGGGAGGUGGAGUACCCUGCGACGGAUCCCGCAUCUGGGGCUUUCUUUCAACCCGAUUUUAAGAAAAAUGAAGAUUUGAAAUUAAUGCUUGAUGGAUCCAAAGAUUCCUUAAAACUGGAAGCCAUGAAAAGAAUCAUAGGAAUGAUUGCCAAGGGUAGAGAUGCAUCAGAUUUGUUCCCAGCAGUAGUGAAGAAUGUUGUGUCAAAGAACAUAGAAGUAAAGAAGCUGGUGUAUGUAUACCUGGUGCGAUACGCUGAGGAGCAGCAGGACCUGGCAUUGCUCUCCAUCAGCACCUUCCAGAGGGCGCUCAAGGACCCAAACCAGCUAAUAAGAGCGAGUGCUCUCCGUGUGCUGUCGUCCAUCAGAGUGCCGAUGAUUGUGCCGAUAGUGAUGCUCGCCAUACGAGAUUCCGCCAGCGACAUGAGUCCAUAUGUGAGGAAGACCGCUGCACAUGCAAUACCUAAGUUGUACAGCUUGGACCCCGAGCAGCGAGAGGAGUUGGUGGCGAUAAUCGACAAGCUGCUGUCGGACAAGGCGCCGCUGGUGGUGGGGUCCGCCGCCAUGGCCUUCAGCGAGGUCUGCGGGGACAGGAUCGACCUCAUACACAAGAGCUACAGGAAGCUGUGCUCGCUGCUGGCGGACGUGGACGAGUGGGGUCAGCUGGCACUGCUCAACGUGCUCACGCUGUACGCCCGCAGCUGCUUUCCCGACCCCAACCUCGAGAGCUACUCGAGCGACUCGGAGAAGCCGUUCUACGAGUCGGACAGCUCGGGGGGCGGGGGGCGGCGCGCGUCGCCCGUGGAGGCGGACCUGCGGCUGCUGCUGCGCGCCGCUCGCCCGCUGCUGCAGAGCCGCAACGCCGGCGUCGUCAUGGCCGUCGCGCAGCUGUUCUACCAUUGCGGCCCGGUGCAGGAGCUGGGGCCGGUGGCGAAGGCGCUGGUGCGGCUGCUGCGCGCGCCGCUCGAGGUGCAGAGCGUCGUGCUCACCGCCAUCGUCGCGCUCACGCACGCCAGACCGUCGCUAUUCGAGCCGUACCUGAAGUCGUUCUUCGUGCGCACGUGCGACGCGCUGCACGUGAAGCUGCUGAAGUUGGAGGUGCUGACGGCGCUGGCGACGGCAGGCAGCGCGGCGCUGGUGCUGCGCGAGCUGCACACGUACGUGGCGGGCGCGGACCGCGCGCUCGUGCCCGCCGCCGUGCGCGCCGUGGGCCGCCUCGCGCUCGCUGCGCCCAACGACACCGACGCCUGCCUCGCUAAGCUGCUCAAGCUGCUGUCCAGCCGCGACGAGGCAGUGGUGUGCGAGGCGGUGAUGGUGAUCAAGCGCGUGGUGGGUGGGGGCGGGGGCUCCGCGCGCGCCGCCGUCUCCCGCGCCGCCAAGCUGCUGCGUGCUGACAGGCUGGCUGGCGGCGCACGUGCUGCUGCGGUGUGGCUGGUGGCCGAGCACGGGGCGGAGCACCCGCGCGCUGCUGCUGUCCUCGCGCACAUGGCCGGCUGCUUCGCUGACCAGGAGGAGGCGGUGAAGCUGCAGGUGUUGUCGCUGGCGGUGAAGCUCGCGGCGCGGCGGGCGGACGUCGUGCCGGUGGCGCGGCACGUGCUGGCGCUGGCGCGGUACGACGCCAGCUACGACGUGCGCGACCGCGCGCGCCUGCUGCGCCGCCUACUGCCCGGCGCCGCGCUCGCCGCCCGCGCGCACCUCGUGCUCGCCCGCCCCAAGCCCGCCGCGCUCGCCCACGCCGCGCGCACCGACCUCACUCUGGGCAGCUUGUCCCAGUACCUGGGGUCGGCGUGCGCGGGGUACCGCCCUCUGCCGCCGCACCCCGCCGUGCCGCUCGCCGCCGACCGCCGUGACCCGCCCCCCGCACAGACCGACACACCGCGCAGACCGCACAACGACCAGAAGAACAAGAGCUUCUACUCGGAGCCGGAGAGCGGGUCCGGCUCGUCCGGCACAUCCGGCACCAGCUCCGAGGAAUCAUCGUCGGAGGAGGAAGACGAAGAGACUAAACCUAACGAGAAACCGAAAGAAACCAACAACUACAAGUCAUCGGAGUCCGGCACGUCGGAAUCGGAUUCGGUCAGCUCCGGCUCGUCCGGCUCCGGCAGCGAGUCCGCCUCCACCAGUGACAGUGAAGGUUCCGAAAAGGAGGAGGAAGACAAACCCCCCUCAAUCCCCCCGCGGCCUGCGGCUCCCGCGCCCCCCGGCAAGUCCAACCUGGAGCUGCUGCUGGAGCUGGACGAGGCGGCGGGCGCGCUGCCCACCCUCACGCCCACCGCCGGCGGCCUAUUCUCCCCCCUCGCCCCCGCCGCCGCGCCGCCCCCGAGCUCGGACAUAACCCCCGUGGGUCCGUCGUUCGUCCCGUCCCGGUCCAUCGAGCUGGUGGGCCGGCUGUCGGCGGGCGGGCUGGCGGCGUCGGGCCGCUGGGCGCGCGCGCCGCACCUCGCCGGCGCCGCGCUGUGCACGCUCGCCGUCACGCUGCACAACCACACCAGGGACGAGAUACGGGACGUGCGGGUCGUGGAGAAGUCGGUAUCCGGCGCGCGAACGCUGCACGGCUGGGAGGCGGUGGCGCUGGCGCCGGGCGCGUCCGCCGACGUGACGCUCGGCAUCGACUUCGCCGACUCCAUACAACCAGUCACCUUCACCAUCGCGAGCUCGCUGGGCGAAGCGCGCGCGACUCUCCGGCCGGCGGUGGGCGAGCUGAUGCGCGCCGUCACCACCUCGCCCGCGCGCUUCGACACCGAGCAGAAGCGGCUCCGGGGCAUGACGGAGUGCGAGAAGUCAAUACCGGGUGGGGACGCAGCGACGGCGCAGGCGCGCGUGCUGGACGCCGCAAACCUCGCGCCGCUGCCCGUAGACCCCGACGAUCCCGACACGCUCAGGUUCGCGGGCCGGCUGCUGUCGUCAGGGGAGCUGGUGCUGGUGUCUGUGCGGGGGGCGGUGGGCGGGGGCCGCACGCUGCGCGCCAACUGCUCCAACCCCGCCGUCGCCGCGCUGCUCGCCAACGAACUGGCGCAGGCGCUGCAGUAGUACCACGUUCAGGGUUACCUCCAGGCUUGAAAAUGAUUUUACGAUGCGAAAACGUUUGACAGAAAUGUUUUCGUCGCCCGCGAUUUGCUUAUCCAUAGUAAUAUUAUAAAUGCGAAAGUAUAA